AGCAAACUCCACAACUCCAAAACCUUCCUCAAAAUCCUGAACCCAGAAGAAUCAUACUUUACUCCUCCUAAAAAGACAAUGUAAUUCUUCCUCUAAUUCUCUCUUAAUCUGAUCGUAAUCUCAGAUUCAUAGCCUCUUUCUCUCUCCAAAUCACAUUAAACUUCUCUUCUAAAUCUUCACCAUUUUUCUCAUCCGAUAUUGAUCAACUAGGAGUAAUCAUUUUGAUCAAUUCUGAUAAAAAAUGGGCUGUUUUACCACCUGUUUUGGCACUUGCAAGCGCUCUCGCCGACGUCGAAGACGACCUGUUAAAACCAGCCCUUCUUCCCUUCUUCAUCAUCUACAGACAUAUGAAUCUGUUGAAGGUUUCCAAGUACCCCAAUUGACUGAAGAACAAGGAGAAGUAAAAGAAAAAGAAGCAGAACAAAAGGGUGAAAAUCAAAUUGAGCUUACACCUGAUUCAAAAGAAGAGAAACUCGAAAAGGCAAAUUCGAGUGAGAGGAAGAAAGUAACAUUUGAUUUAAAUGUGAGAAUCUAUGAAGAUUUUCGAACCGAGGAGGAAGUGAAUGAUGAUUUCGACGAGGAUGAGGAAGAGGAAGAGGAAGAGGAAGUGCAAAUUAAAAAAGGAAAGGGUGGUUUUGGUAUCCAAUGUAAUUCGGAUUCAAGCUCAUCAAGCUUAUUUUCUUUCCCUACUGAUCACCGGUAUCAAAACUGUAGGGAUAGUGAUGAUGAAUUUGAUGAUUUAGUAUCAUCUGAUGAAAGUGAAAAUGAUGAUGAUGAUUAUUAUACUGAUGAUGAAGAUGAAGAAGUGGAAAGUGAAGUUAAGAAUGAUAAACAUGAACAGUCAUCAGAAUCCCUGUUUUCUCUGUCGUUAGACUCUAGGAAGCAGGGUAUUGGAUCAGAAACAGGGGAUAAAGAGGUGAAUAGCCCAAUGCCCAUCAAGAAUUCAUCUCCAAAUGAGUCCAAUACAGGCAAAUUUGAUCACAAUGCUGUUAAUUACGUUGAAUCAGUGUUGAACCCAGUUGAGAAUCUUAGUCAGUGGAAGUUUAUCAAGGCAAGAUCAAAGCUUGCAUCAAAAGAUCAAUCUCAAGCAAAGGAGAACAUAAUUUCAGGUCAAGAUUUUAGCUUUCCUGUUAAAAAGGCGGUAGUUUCAGAGCUAGAAGUUGGAGUUGAUACAAGUCUUUCUAGCUGGCUAAUGUGUUCAGAAGGAACACCCAAGAAUAACAGCAGAAACAGCUCAGUUUCAGUGGGGAACUCACCAUCUGAUAGGAAAACAGUUUCACCCAACAAAUUUGAGGAUAGACCCAUUUUAGGGGCCUUAACUUUGGAGGAACUGCGGCAGCAUUCGGCUACUACCUCGCCACGAAAAUCACCUAGUAAGAGUCCUGAAGAGAUGCCCAUCAUUGGCACUGUUGGGAGUUACUGGAGUCACACUGCACAGACUACUGAUUCUGGAUCAAGCACAACAAGUACCAAAAGCAGAUUCAGAGAGAGUGCUGAAGUGAUUUGGGAUGCAACACCAUUUGAAACAAGAUUAGAGAAAGCACUCGAAAAAGAAGGCAAUUCUCAACAGAAUGUGUUUGAGGUGCACACGGGUGGACGAGUGAUGCACGGUAGAAAAUCAAACAACAGGAUUCUUCCCAUAUGAAUUAUGGUUUGUUUAGUUGGAGUAUUCAAGCAUUGAACUGUGCACUACAGUCAUUGUUCUACUUGAAAUCAGUUGUAAUUACGUUUAGUGAAACUAACCUGUACAAAAUUUAAGUUGUUAUAAACUGGUCUACACUCGGUAGUUUUAUGUCUGUAAUCAAA